UAUCGGUUAUCACGCGAAUGGCAGAGCAUGCGCGAUGGACAACAGUUGAUGCUCGCGCGUCGAGGAAGACACAUUCGUUGCUAGUCCAGUGUACUUGUGAUUUGUGUUCGCCGGUGUUUAAGGGACAGGUCAAGGAUUUAAUGAAGCGGUAAUCUAGAAGAGCAAAAUAAAACAUGCAGUCGUCUUUAAAAUUGCAGUUGUUGACUUGCCUGGCAUUGUACGCGUGUAGCGUGCAGGCGAUCAUGGUGAAGUUCGGCACGAAGGGUGGUCCAAUUGAACCUCCCACGCCGGAGCCACCGACCGCCGCGCCUCGGGUCAUCCAUGUUCCGGCGCCAGUCUGGGAGGAACGGACUAAUGACGCACCGGACCCUAACGCUCAUUGGCGACCCUUCAUUCCCAAACAGACCUAUACUCAGAUUUUCUUUAACGCACCAACGACGCAGCCACCGAUCAACAACGCCCAACGUUUUGUUAACUUGUAUGCACCCAGCCAACCUAAAACAAAUGAAUACAACCCUUCGCAAGUACUAAGCUCUCAAGCGCUGCCCGGAUUCGGUCUUCGGUACUUUGCGCCCACCUAUGAUUGGCAGAAGAAAGACUACAGGCAAGAAGACGCAAGAAAUAAUCAGGUGGAAACCAACCACGUGGAAAGCGCGAGAGAUUCGUCUAGUGAUCUAUUGUGGAAAUAUGAAAAGGACGCCGUGAGACGAACUCUUAGGAACACUUUGGAGUCCACAGUUCCAGUGUACCAGUGGCAAUGGCCGGCGUAUGUUCAACCUCGACAUUAAUAGUACCUUAAACUUUUAAGCUUAAAAACAUCGCAUUAUCCUCGCAUUCUGUCAUUUCGAAACAGGAUAAUAUAUGCUUUCACAUAUAGUUGUAAAUAACAAUAUUUUUUUUACAUUUUAGAAUAUUGAGAAAUGUGUAAUAUAUGCGUGAUAUAUGUUGUACAUGAUGUUACAUUCGAGUACAAAGCAAAAAAUAUUACUUUAAAAAGAUUCCAUUGUCAUGCAAUAAAGUGUUAACAUAGACGUUAGAGCAAUAGAUAAUAUCAACAAAACGAGUAUAUAAUACCUUUCUGAUAUCAGUGAAAACUCUGGCAAGAAACACUUAAUUAAAUUAAUCAUGUGGUGUAAUAAGUAAACAAACGUACAAUAAACUAUGAGCAGCACCAGAAAAAUGUAUGUAACAUUCAGUAAUCUAAUAAAUUUCGCAAUUUUCGAGCCAGACAUUUUAAACGUAUUAUCCGAAAAAUAAAUUCCUUUUAUAUAUUUGUGAUUUAACACAAAUAUUAUUCUCAAAAUAUUAUGUGAAACCGUUUAGGCAAUGUGGCAUGAAAAAUAUAAUUUUAAGUACUGUGAUGUUGUAGAAUAUUUAGCGUAAAAUAAAUGUGCCAGAUAAUAAAAUUAAUCAUUAACUAAAUUUUAAAGAUAUCCAAGCAUUUUCGUCAUAAAUAUAAAAAUUAAUUCGUAAGCAAAAAUCCGUUGAAAUUGAAAUCUUAUGUUUUAUGGAGAAUUUGUUUAUAUAUAUGUAUUCAAUAGAUAUUGCUUCUGUUAUGUAUAAUGGGUACAUGCGAAAUUAAUAAUAAUUAGUACACAAGUAAGAUGGGAAGGGCCUUGUGUUACAGGUUAAAAUUGUAGCUAUGAUCAUACAUGUUCGUUACUUGGUGUUAUUCUUCUUUCUCUUUCUUCAUUCUUCUUUAUCUGUUCGGUGAGUACAUGUCUAUUACGAAUACGUUAAUAUUACUUACGAUAAAUCAAUUAGUAUUGUUGUCGUUAAUUUCAUACCUAUUUUAGGUGUAGCCGGGAAAUUCAAGCAAUUUAUUAUUUUGGCAUUGAAUUAACUGACUUUUAUAGUAUAGUGACAACAAAAACUAUUUUCAAAGUUAUAUGCGAUCACAAAAACGUAAUUAAAAUUAUUUCAAAAUUCUACACACGAAAAUACGCAUUUUAAUUAUGUAAUAUCUUACAUGAUGUGAUAGUAAUGAUGUUCCGUAAUAGCCAUUAAUAAUUUCUAAAAUUGACGAAAAAAAUGUCGUUACGGAAAUGAUGUAUUGUUGAGUUUGAUCACGAACCGUAACAAAUUCUAGUAUAAUGUUCUCGUUUAAAAUACAUUUGUAAAAGUUAUUCAAUGUUUAAGUUAAUUCCCUUAGUUAUUGUUAUAUCUACGAUAGAUUUAUGAAAUGUUUAUAAUUUAAGAUAUUGUAAAUAUGUAUAAUAAAUUUUUAUGUCUUAUAA